ACUUAUCGGUAAACCGUUCAAUAUAAUUUUCAUAAGCUUUAUCAAUUGUAAAUCAUAAAAUUGUGUAUGAUCGGAAUUUAAUGUGAAAGUAGAGAGCAGUAAAAACGGGGAUGUAUGGCAAGCAAACAAUACUUCUGCAGAGGGUUAUCUUCUAUCACUUGUUUUUAAACCAGUACAAUAAAGAGCUUGUCAUUAAACGGUUGGGAUAUUGUGUCGCAUAUUUUUUUAUUUAAAAUGGUUGAUCAUCUAACAGAAGAACAAAUUGCCGAAUUCAAGGAGGCUUUCAGCUUGUUCGACAAAGAUGGCGAUGGAACUAUCACCACUAAGGAAUUGGGAACAGUCAUGAGGUCUUUAGGUCAAAACCCGACAGAGGCAGAACUUCAAGAUAUGGUAAAUGAAGUUGAUGCUGACGGCAAUGGUACGAUAGAUUUCCCAGAAUUCCUGACUAUGAUGGCGCGCAAGAUGAAGGACAAUGACACUGAGGAGGAAUUGAGAGAGGCCUUCCGUGUAUUCGACAAGGACGGCAAUGGAUUCAUCAGCGCCCAGGAGCUGCGUCACGUGAUGAUCAACCUCGGCGAGAAGCUGACAGGCGAUGAGGUGGACGAAAUGAUCCGAGAGGCGGACCUGGACGGGGACGGGAUGGUCAACUUCGAAGAGUUCGUAAAAAUGAUGAAAAGAUAGUUCUUUUUGUAGAUAGGAUAUUUGAAAUUAUGUGAAGAAAACCAUUGAUUACAUUGAAUGCCUUCAACGACAUUCUUCACACACCUAUAACAUGGGAGACAACAACGGAUUAUAUGUGUACAUUGAAACGCAUAGUUGCCGUUAUUUGUGAUCUGGGUUUAUUCAUGUAUAUAUAUAUAUAUAUAUAUAUAUAUAUAUAUAUAUAUAUAUAUAUAUAUAUAUAUAUAUAUAUAUAUAUAUAUAUAUAUAUAUAUAUAUAUGUAUAUAUAUCAAAGACUUGUUAUUUACGUAUCUGGUAUUAUUUACACAUUUUUGUAUAUGAAUGCGAUUUAUUUUGUAAGUUUUCACAAAAAGAUAUAAAAGAGUUACGUAACCAGUAUAAACAUUUCGUCUUUAACUUGCUAUUUUUUAUUUUAACAUUUGAAUUUGACUAUUGUGAACAAACCUGACACAAUUGCUAAACUGAAUCAUGAAAAUAUAUUUAGUUAUAUUUUCCUCAUACAGUAAUUAAAAGCAGUGAUAAAUUUUCUUCUCUAAUAAUCAAGUUAUUAACCCCCAAAAUUAAUUCAUACCAAUCAUUGCAAAUGUCCAUGUUAAGUCGUUGUAAAUUAUAGCAGUUAAUAGAUUAAGAAUGUUGUUUUAGUUAUAGCGCUAUUUUACAAUAAAAAAGAUCAAAAAGAA